CUGCAUUCGUGCGAGGAAAGGGCUUUCAAUCUCGACAGCCUUGAGAAUGACACUGCGAAUGGCUGAUCUCCACGGUGGCAAGACUGCGUCGUAGACGUCUCGAGGAAGUUGACCCGGCGUGUCGCUGCCACUACUACCAGUCAUGGUCGUCGAGGUAGUUUAGUGGAGAGCUCCCGUCAAAUUUUUGGUUUGCCUAGGGGAGACUACUAAGUAGCGCACUAGACUGGCUCGCUGGCAACGAUAUUGGCGCGGUCAAACCCGAUCAGAAACCGUGCAAGUUUGGAUGAUCUUUUGACCCCGCAACGACGCACAGCCAGUGCAGCCGAGUAGUAGGAACGACACGGUCAUCAGAGUAGUAACCAACCCUAAAGUGGUAGCCACGACGAUUUCAUCCACUGGACACCCACAUCAUAGCGAGGCGUGACGUCGAACAGCUGCUCCAUCAUGGCUGGCGUGCGGAGCCGAGGGUCUUCAACGGGUGACUCUUUUCAGUCCAUCGACGAGCACGAAAGUGCGAAAGAACAGGUCUCCUCCGUUCAGGUCAGACGAAAACGGAUCGGGAAGCAUUCACGAGACAUACCCUAUCCUCUAUGGACUAUUGAUAGUGAACGCGACGUCCACCACCAAGCUCUCCUCGAACGUCUCGCUGCCGUACAGUCGUCUCUACCACAUCGCCAGAGACCACCACCACCCCAACUCUCCCCCGUCGCACGCCUUCCAAACGAGAUUCUAGCUCUGAUCUUUCUCCAUGCCAUUCAGUCGCCAGCGCCCAACAGUGCCCUACUAUCUCAGCAGGUUAUUUCAAGCGUUUGCAGGGCUUGGCGGAAUGUCGCUCUCUCGACCCCAGAGUACUGGGCCACCAUCUAUGUAUCCUCUAAAAUCCCCGUGACGGUUUAUCGGGAAUAUUUGGCCAGGUCAUCUCCAUUCCCGCUGUCGAUCGAAUUCUAUUCGUGGCCCAGGUUCAAAUGGUACCAGUAUGAGUACUCUAACAUAUGCAUCAUCGAGGGGAUGCUGGAUAUACUUCAACACGAGAAACACCGAUUGAAGUCCCUGACGGCACAACAGCGAAACUGUUCCCCGAUCGCUUUUGGUCGAGUUAUUGAUUGGAGAAGUAAACAUUUCGUGUAUUCCUAG